AGUGUGAUUGGUGAGCCUACAGGAACAUCUAAGAAAUUUUGUGAACAAAUGACAUUAGCUUUAAAACGCUAUUUUUAUAAAAGGUAUGAUAUCAGACUAGCCGAUGAAUCCAUUACAGCAUUGCCCUUGGAAUGGGAAGGCAAAGUGUUGGAGAGGGUGGAUAAGUUUUAUAAAGUACUUUCAAUAGAAUCCAAUCAUUUAAUUAAAGAAGCUGACGUCAUCUUAUGGGCUACACAUUCACAAGGAACACCUGUUUCUACCCUCCUGUUGAGAAAAUUAAUUGAUGAUAAAAUAAUUGAUAUUCAACGACAGCCAGUAUGUAUGUUGGCUAUGGCUGGUAUCUCACAUGGACCCUUCCCAUCUAUCCUCAAAGGAAAUUUAAUAGUCAAGGUCAGUAAGGAUAUGACGUUUUUAUUAUUAUUAUUAUGAUUUAUGAUUUAUGAUUCGAUACAUAAAUAGUAUUUUGAAGCAGAUGCAGCAAGAGAAUUAUUUGAAUUUAUGGAUUCAAGUUCUGAUAUAUCAGUUCAAUUUCAAGAUGCACUCCUAUCUCUUUUAUCACACCCUUAUCUUAAAAUAGUCUUGGUGGGUUCAAUGCAAGAUCAAGUAGUACCUAUUUAUUCUGCUAUCAUCUCAGGUAUCCUUCAUCCUCGAAUAUUACGUGCUCUUUACAUUGAGGGUGAAGUCUAUGAGCCUAAUCAUUUUCUGAUUCGACUUGUUUUAUUUUCAUUUAAACUGUUAAAUCUUGGUUUAUCUGAUCAUGGUCUUUUAAUUCAUCUUAGCCAAGUUCUAGCAGGUAAUUUUUGGCAAGGAGAAGGGCAUUCGAGGAUUUAUGAGGAAUUAGACGUCUUUCUAUUAUCCCUUCAAUAUCUAUUUGAAACUCCCCCUUUUGGAUCAUUUAAAGUCAUCAAAACGACCACCGUCUAUGAUGACAUAAAAAAGGAGUGGAUACUAAAUACGCCAAGGUUACUCAAUAAUCCUUAUCAUUUACCUUGGGCAGUACGUGGUAUCUGGGAUGAUCCACGUAUUUUAAAUGAUCCAAACUUGGCGAAUGAACUACAUCAACUGCAAGCCUUAUUUGACCAAUGGCGCCCUACUACAGCUAAACUAAAAGAAAUUAAAUAUCGUCUAGAGCCAUUAAAGGCAAGAUUAUAGAAGAGGAGAAAAGAAGAAAGAGAGUUGAAGAUUAGAAUGUAUAAUAACCGUCCGCUUUUAUGUAUGUAACAUAUAUAUACAUAUUUAUAUCUUUAAUAUAGAUUAAUCAAAAGAGGUCUUUUUAAAUACCAUAUUGAGAAAAUUUUUCCUAUUUUAUGCAUUGAUGAAUGUUUAUUGGUUAAUAAAUAAUGUGGUUGGCUCCUUUUUUUUU